ACCCUUGAUCAGAUUAUUUAAUAAAAAGGUAUAGAUGAUAAAAUAAAUACAUUUUAAAUAGACUUUUGUUAUUUUUGUAAGUAUAGUUCAUCAAAACCCGCCAGGUGACCCUAAGGGCCUCACACCAGCCUCAAUGGGGGCCAUCAGAGGAGGGCAGCGCGCUGCAGAUGGUCUCGUUUGUGGGAGGCUGCUCUCUUGUGGCCACCUGGAGUAAAAUAUGACCCGAGGACGCAGAGAGGUGAACAGAAAACAGUUGUUGCGGUGGUGUUAGAACAGGUCUGUGGUUAUUAUCUGGUUUGAAGGGAUCAACAAACACGUUGAGAUGUCUUCAGCUGUCGUUUGGUUAUGAAAAAACGUUAUAAAAACGGAGCUCAACUCCGAGUUUGUUUUCCAGAAUCCAGGCCUCUCAGUCCGGGUUUUCCUUCUCUCCCCUCCUCUUCUCCUUCCUCCUCUCCUAUAGAGCACCUUCACUCGUUCAGCUCUCAGUCUGAGAGGAGGAAGAGGAUGAUCUAUGAUUGGCCAGACGGGGACUGGUAGUCCGGAGGUUGGCACAGUGAGGCUGGCGUUCUUCCCCGUGUUCAUGUUUACACCUUGCGGACCGGGACGAGACGGAGAGAGCCGGCGGUCUGGAGCGAGCCCCGGAGUUGAUUGCUUCCCUCAAAGCUUCUUCUCCACAAGAACAUUUUUUUUAUUAUCAUUGAUUAGAUUGCUUUUUGUGUUUUUUGUUUUUCUGUUUGUGGUUGCAGAUGUGCGUUUUGCUCCACAUGGAACUGGACCAUCUCCUUUAAUGUCUUGGUUCGGCGCAGCGAUGCUCCAAACUUUUUGCUGACUUUCGCUGCGCCUUUGCGCGUACGGCACAGAGCGCAGCUGAGGAGCUGAGGAGGGGUCAACCUGGGAGCGACCCUUUUUGGGGGCGUACAGUAUUUUUCAUGGACCUUUGAAAACUUUCGGCUGGGACCGGAAUGAACGCGCCUUCAGCUCUGCGCGCGCUGUUGGCUGAUGGGAGCAUUUAAGCAAAAACUAGAAUAAGGAGAAAACACAGAGCGACUCUGAUAUUCUCUCAGUUCAUAACUCCCCUGGUUCGGUAAUCAUCACUCAGUUGAGUCCGGAGUCCACUUGGUGCAGAAUCAGCCGAGACUUGGUGCUUUGGCGCAGCCGGAAAAGAUGCGCUUUCUUCGGAUACUGCGUGAAGAAGAUCUGAUUCCUCUGGUCCUUCUUUUCCUGGUCGGGGGGCAUGUCGUGUCUGGCACCGGUGAGAGCAGCGAUGAUGGUGUUACUGAGGGACUCCCUGACUCCUAUCCAUCGGCACCAGCGGAGCCUCUUCCGGUGUUCCUGCUGGAGCCGGAGGAUGCUUUCAUCGUAAAGAACCGGCCUGUGCAGCUGCGCUGCCGAGCGUCGCCUGCCACCCAGAUCUACUUCAAAUGUAACGGGGAGUGGGUGAACCAGAACGAUCACGUCACCAGGGAGAGUCUGGACCAGAUCACAGGCCUAGUGGUGCGGGAGGUGGAUAUUUCAGUGUCCAGGACUCAGGUGGAGGAGCUGUUUGGGCUGGAAGACUACUGGUGCCAGUGUGUGGCCUGGAGCUCGGCUGGCACCACGAAGAGCAUCCGGGCCUACGUUAGGAUUGCAUACCUGAGAAAGAAUUUUGAGCAGGAGCCUCUGGGGAGGGAGGUGCGGCUGGAGCAGGAGGUGCUGCUGCAGUGUCGACCCCCGGAGGGCAUGCCCGCCGCUGAGGUGGACUGGCUGAAGAAUGAGGACGUCAUCGAUCCAUCAAAGGACUCCAAUUUUCUGAUUACAAUCGAUCACAAUUUAAUCAUCAAACAGGCCAGACUCUCGGACACGGCUAACUACACGUGUGUGGCUCGCAAUGUGGUUGCCAAAAGACGCAGCAGCACAGCCACAGUCAUUGUUUAUGUGAGUGGAGGCUGGUCUUCCUGGACGGAAUGGUCGGAGUGUAACGCUCGCUGUGGGCGGGGCUGGCAACGUCGCACUCGUAGCUGCACAAAUCCUACCCCUCUGAAUGGAGGGGCAUUCUGCGACGGCCCCCCAGUGCAGAGAGUUACCUGUACCACACUUUGUCCAGUGGAUGGAGGCUGGACGGAGUGGGCAAAGUGGUCCGCCUGCGGGACAGAGUGCACCCACUGGAGAAGCCGCGAAUGCCAAGCCCCCCCGCCCAUAAAUGGAGGAAAGCACUGCAGUGGCAGCAUGAUGGAGAGCAAAAACUGUACCGAAGGCCUUUGUGCAAGAAAUAAAAAGAUCUCAAUUGAACAUUCAAGUCAUCCUCUGACUCCAGGUAUGGGUGAGGCGGUCUACGCUGGUCUGGUGGUUGCCCUGCUGCUGAGCGUGGUAAUGGUGCUGUGUGUUGGCGUGCUGGCUUAUCGCCGACGAUGCCGCCAUCUCCACGGAGACAUCACGGACUCCUCAUCCGCUCUGACCGCUGCGUUCCACCCGGGCAACUACAAGCCUCCCAGACAGGAUAACCCUCGUCCCCUGCACCCCUCGGCGCCACCCGAUCUGACAGCCACAGCCGGCACUUUUCGGGGGCCGCUCUUCUCCCUGCAGCAGGCCGUCCACGACAGCCCUCACAAAAUACCCAUGACCACCUCCCCUUUGCUGGACCCGCUCCCCAGCCUCAAGAUUAAGGUCUAUAACUCGUCCACUCUCUCCUCCUUGGAGCUCCCGACGGACUCGGGUGACGGAGAGAUCCUCAGCCUGAAAUCUGUGGGCACGGUGGGCAGAGAGCGGGAAUACCACUGCCACACGCUGUCCAGAGAACCAGGCCUGAGCACCAGCGCCACCCUGGGAAAUCUGGGAGGCCGUCUAACCAUACCCAGUACAGGUGUUAGUUUGCUGGUCCCGCCUGGCACGAUCCCCCAGGGGAAGUUCUACGAGAUGUACCUCAUUAUUAACAAGUGGGACAAAACAACGUCACCAUCCGAAGGCAGUCAGACGGUGCUCAGUCCAGUGGUGAGCUGUGGACCAUCUGGCAUGCUGCUGAGCCGCCCCGUGGUCCUCACUUUACCUCACUGCGCCCAGCUGGACACGCCAACGCCUGACUGGACCCUCACUCUCAAGACGCAGACGCAUCAGGGCGGCUGGGAGGAGGUGCUGACAGUAGGGGAGGAGACUUUGUCGUCUCCGUGUUACCUACAGCUAGAAGAAGAAUGCUGCCACGUCCUUCUGGAGCAGCUGGGAACGUACGGCCUUGUGGGCCAGUCCUGCCCUCCACAACCCGCAUGCAAGCGCCUGCAGCUGGCUCUGUUUGCCCCCAGAGCUCCCUGCCUCUCCCUGGACCUCAGCCUCCGCAUCUACUGUAUCCAUGACACCCCACAUGCGCUGAAGGAGGUGAUGGACUUGGAGAGGAGUCUCGGGGGAGUUUUACUAGAAGAUCCUAAGCCGCUGCUCUUCAAAGACAGCUACCAUAAUCUUCGUCUGUCCAUCCACGACAUUCCUCACUCACACUGGAGAAGCAAACUGCUGGCCAAGUACCAGGAGAUCCCGUUUUAUCACAUCUGGAGUGGCAGUCAGAGACCUCUGCACUGCACCUUCAGCCUGGAGAGAAGCAGCCUGGCCGUGUCGCAGCUCACCUGUAAGAUCUGCGUGCGGCAGGUGGAAGGGGAGGGGCAGAUUUUCCAGCUGCUCACAGACAUUCAGGAGACUCUACCGCCACACUCGCCCAUUCCCUCGGGAGGUUCCUGCCUUCCUUCCUCUCAAGUGGGACCUUAUGCCUUUCGCCUGCCUGACUCCAUCCGCCAGAAGAUCUGCACCAGUUUGGAUGCUCCAAGUGCUCGAGGGUGUGACUGGAGGCUACUAGCUCGCAGUCUGGGAUUUGACAGGUAUUUGAACUACUUUGCCACAAAACCCAGCCCCACAGGUGUUCUGCUGGACUUAUGGGAAGCAUGUCACCAAGGUGACGCGGACCUGGUCUCUUUAGCGACCGCGCUGGAGGAGAUGGGCAAAAGUGAAGUGCUAGUUGUCAUGACAACAGAUGGGGACUGUUGAUUGGUCAAGAAUCAAAGUAAUGAGCAAAGACGUGUUUUUUAACAGCGGUGUGAUGAAAGUAAGAACACCUGCCUAUGAAUAUGCACACAUGGCUUCUCAUACAAUGUAUUACCUCUACCCCCUCAUCUGACCCAUUCUCAGCCAUCACAAAUACAUUUCAAUCCAUUCCAUUCUGGGACACCCACCUGCCAACCUGCUUCUCCAAAACAACGUUGCAUUUCCUGUGCAAUUUCUCUGAAAAAGUGUCAUUGCAAACUAAAAAUGUCAGAAUUCUUGUCAACUAAGACCAAUUCUUUGGAUCAAAUACAGCACACAAUGCUGGGAUUAUUAACAUUUCUGCGGUUUAAGCUCAUCUCACCUCAUGGCAGGGGCUUUUGUUUUCUAAAAGACCGUUGUGGGCAUACGGUGAAUGGUAGCAGACUUGCACUGCCUGCAGGUCCUCUCAAAAGUCCACACACAGAAUACACACACAGACAAAGCAGUUAUUAAACACCUCUGAAAAACACAAGCAAGGAUUUCUCAUCUAAUUGCUUUGUGGAAGGAUCGAACCCUCAAGGUUUGAGUCAUAUUGCUUUUGGGCUGAAGAAAAGCUGUCUCUUUUUUUCUGGAAGGAGAUUGAAUUGCAAAGUUUGUUUCCGAAUUGGCAGAUGACUUGACUGACUUUCUAUUGUACCAACAAAUGCCUCAAAGCCUUGGCAUAUCAUCCCGCCUCGUGGGGGGACUUUCCUUUUUCCUCCAACACUCGGCCACUCUGUCGCCUGCUGAGAAGACGCUGCAUCACCCCUUAAAAGUUUCCUUUAGGGAACGCUUUUUAAUUUAUUAUCCAUAUUUGUGGAUUUUUUUUUUUUUUCCUGUUUUAUCAUUUGCCCUGGAUUAGACCGCCACCGAGCUUCUGUGUUAUUUUUGAUCCAAGUAGAGCAGACCAAAUGGGAAAGUUAGCUGAUUCUCUGUUGUGAAUAACAAAUUAUGUUUGUUUCGAAAUUAUUAAUCCGUGCAAAAAUGUGAAAAUAAAUAAAUAAAUAACCUGAAACAUAAAUUAGAGAAGAUCCUAGUGGAUUUAUAAAACAAACCUUCAAAUUAAAGUUUUUUUUACUUUCUUUUCUUCUCUUAAAAGGUGAUUUUUUAAAUAAUUAAAUUAGACUGAAGUUAAAUCAAUUUGGCGCCAAGGGACCAUCAGCUGAAGUUUACCUCAAAACAAACAGAAUUAUAGAGAUGCUUUUUCACUAAAUAUGCAACCUUUGUUAAUCUAUUGCCUAAGCUGCCUGCUUUGUGAUUACAGUCCUCAUAGUGUUUGCAUAAUCAAUAACAUUCUGUCAAUGUUUUGAUGGUAAUUGAGAUAAUAUGUGCAACCCCCCAUCAUGUUGGUUCUCCUCAAGAAAAAAGUGUUGAUUUCUUUAGGACGACAAAACCAAAACAGCAUCAGUAUCAUCAGUAUCCCUCCUCUUCAGCAGUGAGUCAUGCUUUGCGUGAAUGAACGCUCGUGUGAGUGAAUGGUUCUGUGUGGGCAGGUGGCUGUGCACGUACGCGUGCACACAUUUUUACGAUCUGUCAUUUCUCUUUGUAAGUGCUAUGCAAGUACAAAAGAAAAGCAUUUCCACAUCCUUUGUUUCCUGAGAGAGUACUUCUAUUUUUUCAGAUCAGGGCAUUGACAGGGUUUUUGUUUGUUUGUUUGUUUGUUUCUGUCUGUUAGAAAUGGUUUAACAUUCUUGAAAAUGUUAGUCUGCGUAAAUUCUCCAUCUGGAAUGGAAGAGAUAGAUCACAGACCAAGGAAGCUAUAAGUGUGGACAACAAAAACAAAGUGAUGCAAUGGCUGCAGCCCGAGCCGUGACUAAUGUUGUGGAUUCAUGCCCUGCAGGUCUUUGCCAUGAAUAUGUACCCGAACACAACCCGUUCAGUUCCUCGGAUCCCCUCAAAGUGCAGGACAUUCCUCUUUUUCUCAGUUUUGGUCGCAGAGACUGAUGUCUGUGGACUACAGUGUUCUGUUCAUCCAGAUUUCUCGAGGGUCUGCUGGAUCUUUGGCCAUAUUGCUGGAGAGUUUACUUGGAGCCGUACUGGAUGUGAACGGGCUCCCCUCAAAGAGAUAAACUCAGCCUUUUGUCCGUAAAAGUCCAACGUUUUUACAGAAAACAAAAUAAAUUCUGUUACAUUA